AUGUCUUAUACGGUAACAUCGACACCAUCUCUUACUCUUCCUGUUACAAAUUCAAUUUCGCUUACGGCUUCUGAUAUUAAUUCUUAUCGUGAAAAUGGUUAUCAUGUUAUACCUAAUCUUCUUUCUCCUUCUCAACUUCAACAAUGGCGAACAAUCAUAUUCACUGCAGUAAAAGAUCGAGCAGAGAGAAAAUAUAAACUUCCUACAUCAGAUGAAGAAGAUCAUACCAAUGUUGACUUCGAUUAUUAUGAUAAUGUAUUCACACAGCGUAUUAAUUUAUGGCAAACGCACAAUUCUGUUAAAGAACUAUUAUUGGAAAGUGGAAGUGUUAUUGGAAAGAUUGCUGCUGAAUUAGAAGGUAUUGAUUGUGUUAGAAUUUGGCAUGAUCAAGCAUUAAUUAAAGAACCAUUUGCAAAUCCUACUGCCUGGCAUUUUGAUGUUACAUAUUGGUCGUUCACUUCUUUACAUGCAAUAAGUGUUUGGAUAGCAUUGGAUGAUGCAACAUUGGAAAAUGGUUGUAUGUAUUUUAUGCCUGGAUCACAUAAAGUUAUAGAACGUCAUUAUUAUGCAUCAAACAAUACAUUUCCGGAAAUAAAAAUCGGUAAAAAUAUGUCUGAUAUAUUUGGUACUUAUCCAGAACUAAAGCAGUGGCCAACAGUAGCUGUACCAAUGAAAGCAGGCAGUGCUUCGUUUCAUAGUGCUCUUCUAAUUCAUGGUGCUGGUCCCAAUAUGACACCAGGAAGGAGACCUGCAAUGACUAUUCAAAUGAUGCCGGAUAAUAUGAUUUUUAAUGGUAAACAAAAUAUUUUAACAAAAGAACAAAUGGAUAAAUUACAAAUAGGUGUCUCUGUUUUCAAUGAUGAUAAUUGUAAUCCCAUAUUAUAUAAAAAAAAUUAA